UUUGGCUCUGGUCACACCAAACAGCUGUUCCAUUUGCGUCGUUUAAAUUGUUUUUUUGUUUUACAACAAAUUGCAUCCGAAUCUUUCAAACCGGGUUGCCAAAAAUGGAGUCGCCCACCUCGCACCUGGUGGCCAAAGAUUUCCAGGUGACGGGCGUUUCGCGCAGUGGACGCGUACGCAAAAAGUCGUCGAAACUGUUGGAUUUUGAAUCGCCGGAGGAGAUCGAGAAGCGCACAAGGCGCCAAAGUGGCGGCAGGCAGCCAGCCAGAUACUCGGGUCGCGGCAGGCCAUCGAAUGCACUGCGUGACUUGGAUCUCGACCAGGAGAUGCUCGUGGAUGAUCCAAAUAUCUCGGAUAGCGAGGAAUUCCAUCCGGAAACAGCGACAACGGCCGUGACCAUUCUGAAUUCCGACGAUGAACUGGACAAUCUGGUGCAGGAUCUUGUCGAUGGCGUGCAAGCGGAGGCCACCAGCCAGGAGUCGCCCGUGCGCCAGAGUCUCUACAUGCGCGAGAAGGCCAACAAGCGUCAGGUGCUCAAGGACGGCAAGGUGGUGAGUGCCAAGGUGCAGCGCAAGGACAAGGGCAAGCAGCGCUACACCGCCUACAGCCUGUGGGCCAGGGAGGCGCGCAAGAAAGAUCUCCAGGAUCUGGACUUCACCAGCGCCACCAGACGGCUCAGCGAGAUGUGGGCGAACGUUUCCAAUCGGGACAAGAACGCCUGGCGGCGCAAGGCCAAAAUCCAAGCGUCCCGAGCCAGAACACGCGACAAAACCGGCCCGAAUGGUGCGCCCCAAAUGGCCAGCAAUGGCAGCACGGCACUGGCCGAUCCUGCGCAGCACGAGACCAUCUUUCAGAACCGAGCGACGACCAGUCGCACUCGCAAACUGGCCGCCGAUCGACAGCAAUCCUCGAUAGAAGCGGCGGCUGCGGCAGCAGCGGCGAGCAGCUCCACGCAGCGACGCAGCAUCAACACACGCAGUGCCAGGUCGCAGGCCACAACGAGCACGUCGAAACAGCAUUCGCAGUCGCACACGGAUGCGGAUGUGGGCGGCCGGACGAGCGGCGGUCAGCAGAAACAUGAGGAGCUGCAGAAGACCAGCAUCGAGGUGAUCGAUGCGGCGGCGCACCUGAAGCUGCUGGGCGAGAGCCUGACGGUGAUUGGCGAGCGCCUCAAGAAGCACAAUGGAUACGUGGCGCUGUCGGGCAGUUUGUCCGUGCUCCUGGACAGCUUGCUCUGCGCCAUGGGUCCGCUGCUGUGCAUGACCACGCAGAUACCCGGCAUGGAGAACAAAGUGCAACUGAGCAAAAACCUAGCCGACACGCUCGAUAAUAUUGCGUACGUAAUGCCCGGCCUAUGAAUGCAAUUUCCGGAUAUCCCAAUGAUAUAUAUAUAGUAAACCAUACCAGGCAGCUGAGCUUCCAGCGGAGGCUAGAGUCGCCAUUGGAGAUGUAUCUGUAUGCUAGCUAGGAGUUAGCGUGAGUCAACACCUGAACACAAAUAACCACUUGGAUAUCCCUAGUCGAUAAGCAGAAGCAUCUCGAUCCUCGUUAAGUGAAACUAUCUAAAGGUCUCCCUCGAACUUUUGUGUUUCAUAUUUUUUUAGAUUAAAAGCUAAGUAGUAUUGCUUUUAUUUAUUCCCUUUUAUUGUGCUAAAUAAAUUAUAAAUAAGCGAAAACGUACUAGAAAUUAUGAAGAAUUAUGAAACAUGGAAUAUCCUAUAAUACAUAAGUCCAAUAAAUGUGCAGCACACGAUCA